AUGGAUAUAAUGUUAAUUUAUAUUGUUGAGCUUAAAGUCAUAAAUACGCUAUUGGCAUGUUAUGGACAAACGAUUGGAAGUUUUAAUGAAGAAAUUAAAGAAAACUAUAGGGAUUUUCAUACAAUCCCCAAGCCAGAGUUUAAAAAAUUGGAAAAUGGUGAUUUUAUGGUUACUGGCUGGAUCAAAGAUACUUUGCAGUGCAAAAAUAAUCAGGAAAAUGCCAGGAAAAUCAAGGAAAUUAUUCCAAAAGUUGUAAUGCUUAUGAGAAGCUUUGAUACCUAUGGUGAAAUAUUUAGCACAUCACCAAAGCUAAUUUUCUUGAGUUUGCUUGUGAAUAUUUUAUAUUUUGUAUAUCAAGUUGAAGAAUAUUUUACUGGCUCCAAUUUUAUUUACUUUAUGCUUUCCUUACUGAUUAUAUGGAAAAAAACAAAUAAUGUCCAAACAAAAAUUCAAACUCUGGGUUUGGAUAACUAUCGGUUGUACUUGGACAUGCCCUUACGUACAUUUCUAAUUGAAGAAACUAUCAUCAAAGCAACUUUUUUAUUCCUCUACAAGUAUUGCUACUUCAAUGAAAAAUAA